AUUCAUGUAAGGAUAGGACCUUAUAGUUCGUUCUAUGCAUUGCAACUCACGUAAAACCAUUGUCGUAUAUUUUAGUGAAUAUUUAGUUGGUUUCGUAAAUUUGUUAUUUUUGUCGUUUUGUGUUUUGCUUAGCAAUAUAUAUAUUAAAUACAUAUACGUUUGUACUUCAAUACUUACGUAUAUAAAUGUACAUAUAUAUCCUGUUUGGUGUGAAUAUUAAUUAAAACGGUACAACUAUAGUUUUGCAAUAAAAAAUUGUUAUAAUUAUUUUCAUUGACCGCGUUUGAACAAAAUAAUAUAUAGAUGCAACAUUUACAUUUCGACUGUAAGAAGAGGAAAUCAAAAUCGCAACAUCAUGAGUACCAGUAAUACCUACUUGUUAAAUGUCUGGAUGUGCACCAGAUGAUAUUUUUUUAAGUGCAAUCGGUUUACUGUGCAAUGCAUACUGCUUGGAUUUAUUUGAAUAAUUGUCUUUGUUGAACUGCUACAUCGUUUACUAUUAGUAUUGUGAUUUUUCACAUAGUAUAUCGUUCAACUUCGAAGAGCAUAAAGAUAUUACAACAUUCAUAUUUUCAUGUUGUUCACAAUUGCAGUUUUGUUUAAACUGACUAAUAGUUAUUUGAUAUCUUUACAUGGCAGAGAACAUUUCCGCAUCGAAUAAUAGCUGUAUCGUCGAUUACAACCACCAUUUAGUGGCUGAGCAAGAAACAAGAAUGAGUGGAUCAGGAGGAUCAAAUAGUAGCGGACCACCUAUUGGUAAUCCAACAACUAACGGAGGUAAUAAUGUUAGUGUUCUAUUACCUAGUGGCGGAGGCGGUGGAACUAAACGUCGUAGUGCAGUUGGUGGAAACAGUACUCAUAAUAUUAAUGGCUCUAGUUCAAACUCGUCAGCAUCUAUAUCUGCGGAUUUGGCAUCAUUAUUUGAAUGCCCCGUUUGUUUUGAUUAUGUAUUACCACCCAUACUACAAUGCCAAAGCGGUCAUUUAGUUUGUAGUACAUGUCGACCAAAGCUCAAUUGCUGUCCGACCUGUCGAGGUCCCCUUGGCAAUAUUCGUAACUUGGCAAUGGAAAAAGUUGCUUCUACAGUGAUGUUUCCUUGUAAAUAUUCAUCUUCUGGUUGUCCCGUGUCUUUACUACAUUCUGAAAAAGUUGAACACGAAGAACUUUGUGAAUGUCGUCCAUAUACUUGCCCAUGUCCGGGUGCAUCAUGCAAGUGGCAAGGUGGUUUAGAGCAAGUGAUGGAACAUCUGAUGGUUGCACAUAAAUCUAUAACAACUUUACAAGGAGAGGAUAUUGUUUUCUUAGCAACAGACAUAAAUCUUCCUGGAGCCGUUGAUUGGGUAAUGAUGCAAUCAUGUUUUGGUCAUCAUUUCAUGUUGGUGCUUGAAAAACAAGAAAAAUACGAAGGUCAUCAACAGUUUUUUGCUAUAGUUCAGUUAAUUGGAAGUCGAAAACAAUGUGAAAAUUUCGCUUAUCGUCUGGAACUCAAUGGUCAUCGAAGGCGUUUGGCAUGGGAAGCAACCCCAAGAAGUAUACACGAAGGAGUUUCACAGGCAAUUUUAAAUUCAGAUUGCUUAGUGUUUGAUACUAGUACAGCACAGCUGUUUGCGGAUAAUGGUAACUUAGGAAUUAACGUCACAAUAUCGACCAAUGUGUGAAACACUCGUAAUAUUAGAAAUACAUACAUGUAUAUACCUAAGUGACAACAUAAUAUACGGUAUGUAAUUUGCUUAAUAGUGUUUCAAUAAAAUUCCUUUUUCAUCUCAUUAAAAAAUGUUUACAUACAUAAAUAAGAAUAUUAUAAAAAAAAUAUAAAUGUUGUACAAAUAGGAUAGAUAAAUUUAAAGAUAGUGUUCAGGAUGUGAAUUAUUUUAUGUUUUAAAAAUAUUUUUUGCCUAUCUAGAAUCUAAUACAGUUUUAUUUUUUAAUACAAUUCUAAGACAUUUAGGUUUAUAUGUUCUACUUAUAUUAUUUUUAGCUUCUUUAUUUAUGUUUGUUUAUUAAAAUAAUGCAGCGGUUAUCUUUUAAGACAGGUAAUUAAAAACUACCUAUGUAAUGAGUACACAAUACAAAUAAAGUACAAUAAUAAGUAUACAUUUUUUGUUAUAUGUAAAGUAAAGUAACUAUUUAUUAAAAUAAUUAAUUGUAUGAUAAACUUAUCUAUUAACAGUUCAUUACACUUAGACAUAAACCAACAAUUAUAAGUUUUGAAAUAAUAUCU